AUGAAGCGGUUCAUGGCCAUGUUAAACAGGAAUAAAAACAAGGAUCCCCCACCUGCCAAGCUGCUGGAUCUAGCAGGACAGCUUUGCCAGGACCUCCAAAGCUCGUCUCCUAGUCUGGAGAAGCUGGUUGGGGCCAUGAUGGGAUGCAAACACAAGAUGUAUUUUCUCACUAACAUCCACGUUGUCCGAGCUUGCGUGUUUGUUCAUAUCCGUAAUGGGCAGCAUGAUGCAGCCUGCAGACUGCUGGAGUAUUGCAAGGCAGAAGAGAAGGAAGAGCUGGUGCAACUUUGGCAUGAGAUUCAUUACCAGAGGGUUAUGGAGAAACAUCACAUGGAUUAUCUGACACCACUGCAGAAAUUCCGUUGCAGAAAGAGGAAUCCUCCACCUAUUUCCCUUUGUCCUGAAGGUUUGAAGAAUCGAAACUAUUCAGAUGAAGUACGCCAGAAGCUGCACAGGUUUGCUGCAGAGGUGACAACAAAUCCAAACAAGAAACAGCGGGAGGGAUUGGCUCGGGAUGUGAACCUGCAGCCAACUCAGGUCUAUAACUGGUUUGCAAAUUAUCGACGGCGUCAAAAAUCCUGCCUGCCUCGUACAGAAAAGCUCAACAACUCAUGUCCUGAGAGGGCUUUGACUUACCAUGCAAAGGAGCAGCAGGAUAAAGGAUCCUACACUCCACAAACUGCAGAUGAACGGCUGGCCAUGUGGCAGGGCCCUUCCAGCACCAGAGGAGUCUCUGGCUCCAUGUGGACCCCAGGUAUAGAAGUUGGCACCUCUGGUCUGGCUGUUCCUGGGAGUGGUAUGGGCAGUGUUGUUGGAGUAGAGAUACUUUCAGUUGGUGGUGAAGGGAGAGAACAUCCCAUCGUCAAUUCCUGUCAGACUGUGUUUGGCAAGCCUCAGUGCCCACCUGUUUCUGCACCCUGCAUGGAAGAAAGCCAAGCCUUGGGACAAAGCCAGGUCCUGGAGGAUCCAGUUGGUGACCCGUUAACCGACACGUUCUGGGCAGCAUGGCUGCUCUUUGAAUUCUCAGCCGGUGGACGAAUGUGA